UUUGCAUGUUGAAACAUUAUUUUUAGCUGACGUGGCACACAGGCGCGCUGCCGACGGAAGCCCCGCCCUCACGCAGACGUAAACAUGGCGGCCCCCGUUCCGCUGAUAGCAGUGCGUGGAUCAGACGGGACGUCGCUGCUGUGUGGACCCCCUGACUGUGAGCGGCACGCCGCCUUCCAGAGGGACUCUCAGGUUAGCCGCUGUUUCACCUUCAGCAGAGACGGCGCUCUGUUCAGCUGGUGCGACGGGCGCAGUGUCUCUGUGGUCAAAUCGUCAGACUGCUCCCUUCUUUCAACCUUUGACCUCCCCAAAGUCACUCAGCUGCAGUUCUCCCCCCUCAGCACCAUCCUAGUCACAUGGCACCCAUACGCCAAGACUCAAAGCUGUCCUCAAGGUGAAGCUAAUCUUCAGCUGUGGGACGUCCACAGUGGUCAGCUGAUCAAAGCUUUGUACCAGAAGAAGCUUGAAUCCUGGUGUCCCAGCUGGUCUGAAGACGAGAAGGUUGCUGUGCGGAGCGUCAACAAUGAGCUUCACUUCUUUGAGAACAAUGACUUCAGUGCCAUCGCCAACAAGCUUCACAUGCAGAAAGUUUCUGACUUUGCUUUGUCUCCUGGAUGUUAUCCCAGCAAGGUAGCCAUCUAUGUUCCUGGUUCAAAAGGCGCACCCUCGUUUGUCCGUCUGUACCAGUAUCCGGUGUUCGGCGGACCCACUGUGGCGUUGGCCAACAAGAGCUUCUUCAAGGCUGACAGGGUCAUCAUGCAGUGGAACAAGAAAGCUACGGCGGUCCUGGUGACAGCGAGCACUGAGGUCGACAAAACAGGCGCUUCAUAUUACGGCGAGCAGACACUGCAUUACCUGGCUGUAAAUGGAGAGAGCGCUGUGGUUCAGCUUCCUAAAAACGGGCCGAUCUAUGAUGUGGCGUGGAGUCCAAGUUCUGCUGAGUUCUGUGUUGUGUACGGCUUCAUGCCUGCCAAAGCCACCAUCUUCAACCUAAAGUGUGACCCUGUCUUUGACUUUGGCACUGGACCUCGGAACGCUGCUUACUACAGUCCUCAGGGCCAACUCCUGGUCUUGGCUGGGUUUGGAAACCUGCGGGGUCAGAUGGAGGUUUGGGAUGUGAAGAAAUACAAGCAGGUAUCCAAACCACAGGCCCCAGAUGCCACGCACUUCUCCUGGUCUCCUGAUGGCGAGCAUGUCGUCACAGCGACGUGCUCGCCACGGCUGCGAGUCAAUAACAGUUACCAGAUCUGGCACUACACUGGCUCAGUGCUGCACAAAUGUGCUGUUCCUGAGCUCUGGGAGGUUCUUUGGCAGCCUUUCCCUGAUGGCACCUUUCCUGAACGGGCUGUGAAGUACCAGGCAGUGAAAAGUGAGCUCGGAACCACUCAGGCCACACCCACUCAAGCUUAUCGCCCCCCUGCCCUGAGACACCUACCAGCCACAGCCAGCUCCAAACUGCACGAGGACGAGCCACCUCAGAACAUGAAACCUGGAGCUACCGGAGAAAAGUCCAAAGCAGCUCUGAAGAAACAGAGGCAACGAGAAGCUCGCAAAGCCGCUAAACAGUCUGUCCAGGAGUCCAAGUCUGAACCGCCACCUGAUCCUACCCCUGUCAGCACCACCAGCCAUCCCGGACCAGUCUGUGGAGACUCAGGCCCUGACAAGAAGGUCAAGAACCUAAAGAAGAAACUUAAAGCCAUUGAGGAGCUGAAGGAGCAGCAGGCAUCUGGAAAAGUCCUGCAGAAGAGUCAGCUUGAGAAGAUGGAGAAGGAGGAACAGCUGCUGAAAGAGCUGGAGGAGCUUCAGCUUGGGCUGUAGGGGGUGGCGGAUUUACCACAGAUUUGGUCUUUCAGCCUCCUGCUACACACCGCCGUGUGUGUUGGACGUGUCCACGGCCUGAUUGUUCAGCUAAUAAAAGGAUUCGCUGAUUCACCUGCUGAAGCAUCAAAGUGGUUUUUGUUUUGUUGCAGUUUGCCACAUUGCAUUGUGGGUAAUGUGAGACUUUAGGAGCUGAUGGACAUUUGAUGAAUAUUCUCUUUGAGUUCUGCAAAGCGUCACACGUCCAGUGCAGCCGCGUGGUUAGCCUAGCAUGCCUUUGUGCUAAGCUACACUAAACACUUCCUGGAUUUAUUUUUAUGGAUGUGAACAAACAAAACAUCAGUUUAUUAAAUGGUU